GUAUAUAACAUUUUCUCAUGUUUACUUUAGCCCCAAGAUGAUCUGUAGUUGUCCUCUAUACUAGCCCCUAGAUGAUGAUUGCAACCACUACAUAAACGGUUUGUUAAAAAGUCUUCGCUAAAAAAUGUUUGUUAAGAUGAUGAAUGAUUAAAACAAAUAAAAAAGUAGUAUAUGCUUUGCUUAGGGUGAGUAGUGAAGCUAGCUAGUUGGCAAGUAAUGGCUUCUUUUGGCGGCCAAGCAAUUCUCUCUCUCUCUUUCACAUACACACAAUCCUCUACGCCAAAACUUAAAUAAACUCCUCUUAAAUAAAUUCCUCACAACACAUUCAAAAAUAUUCUUAUAACUAAUCUAUUAUAUAUUAGUGACACGUUAUCAAAUAAUUAUCAUUGAACCAAAGACAACUAAUUUUGUGGAAUUUACAUUGAAGUUUUUCCACAAAUGACUGACCACCGAGUUCGUCUUAUACUACAAGACUCUAUAAAACAAUAUAACUAAAUAUUUUUUAAAAGUAUUUAGAAACUAAGAUAAGAGAGUUAAUUCACUGAAUGCAUAUUAUUAGCUAAUCAUAAGAUUAAUAAUGGUUUUAUCAAAUAAUUGGAUGAUAAAAAAACAAUGUAUCUUAGAAAGAGGCGCAAACAUAGGGAGUGUGGUAUUAUAUAUUUAAUACAUUAUUACUAAUAUCAUUAUAAUUUAAUAGCUUAUGAUCAUGAUUCAUAGUGUUGUGUUGUGUAAUUGUGGGUUGGCUCAACUGCACAUGAACUACUCAGAACCCAAAAUUCGAAUGCCUUUUACUUUACAUAUGAUUAGUUUAAUUAAAUAAUCAGGUAGUUAAGUUCAGUGUACAUAAUCCACAAUGAUUAGUAGUACUAUGAUACAAAUUCGGAAGUGAAAUGGUAUUUUAAAGUCAAGUCAUAUAUAUACUUGGUGGGUUAAGUAUGUAUCAUAUAUUUGGAUUAAAAUCUUAGAUGUAAUUCAUUUUGGUAUGUGGACUUAAUCAUGUGUUUUGGUACUAUUACUAUAUGUUGCUUGUUAAGUGUUGUAUUUGUGGAUAAAAGGAUUAAAGAUGGAGUGUAAAUGAUAAUGUAGAUUAGAAAACAAACAUAGUUAGCUAGGAUGCUUGACAAAGAGAAGGAAAAAAAUGCAAUUUAAUUAUCUCUUGAUAUAGUAUUUACAUUUUGCCAAGUGUCAAAAUUGCAGUUUGCUUUUGGAAUUUGUCCACUCAAAUUAUAGAAUGACAUUCUUCUUUUAGUAGCAAAAAAAGUCUGAAUAACACUUCUACAUACACGUAUCUAAGUAACUUAAUCAUGCUUGUGCCACUUCUUCAAGUAGAUUAAAUUUAGUCAUUAAAACUUUUCUACUAGGAUAAGUUCUGACACAUAAUCCAAUUUUUUUGUUAUCGGAUAGUAGUACCAAGAUAUGGAAAUUAUAAUAUGAAAUGAAGAAGUUUUCAUAAGUAUAAUUAAAUUUUAUAGAUACCAAUUAAAUUGGAUUUGAUCCAUAAGACAAGCAAAACAACGUUAACCAAAUAAAGAUAAAGUUAAUUCAAAUAAUUGAAAGAAAAAAAAAACAAGGGGAGAGAAACAAGUGGUUCCAGGCUUGCAAACCAAAACUUCCAGAAAGGAAUCCUUCACCAAAAGUUAUUUGGGGGUUUGCUUCUUUUCUCAUCCCUUCUCUUACCUUUCAUUACAUAUAUACUCUAUAUAUAUAUACAAGAGUACUGUGUGUAUAAGCAAAUACAAUCAUAAAAUAUAUAUAGAGAUAGAUACUUAGACAUAUAAACCAAACCCACCAAACAUUCUUUGAUACUUUUCUCCAUAAAUACAUAUCUCUUUUGCGUUCUUGUAAUAGAGCCAAAAUCAAAAGCGGAGGAUCAUGACAAGUUUUCAUGAGGAGACGCGUCUAGUACUCCUCACCAAGGGGAAACGAACCAAACGUCCUCGAUCUUCGUCUCCUCAUAUGAACGCAGAAGCAGUGUCCGGCGUUUGCAGCGAGGACCGAUCACUAGAGGCAAAAGAAGGAGCUGGUGAAGUUGAAUUCCAGGGAGCAACGGACGAAGACCAAGACAUGGCGAAUUGUCUGAUGCUAUUGUCGCAAGGACAUAAAGAAAAGAGUAGUGGCGAUCAUUCAUCGACGCUGAAGAUUGGUUUCUUGACAGACAAGAAACCGGUGGCUUCUCUAGGUUUAGGGCUAGACGGUGUUUACCAGUGCAAAACGUGUGAUAAAAGCUUCCACUCGUUCCAAGCGCUAGGAGGACACAGGGCUAGCCAUAAGAAGCCCAAACGCGACGAGAAGAACUCUGCGUCCGCGGUUGAAACGGUGGAAUCUGCAGAAGCUGUAGGAAGCUUUCUUUCUCUGCAAGUAACUAGCAGUGAUGGUAGCAAGAAACCUGAAAAGACACAUGAAUGUUCGAUCUGCAAGGCCGAGUUUUCUUCAGGACAAGCUUUGGGAGGUCAUAUGAGGAGACAUAGAGGUUUAAACGUAAACGCAAAUGCUACUUCAAUAACAAAAGCCGUGUUAUCAUCAAGUCAUCACCAAGAACCAAUACGGCCAAAGAACUUUCUUGAGUUGGACCUGAACCUUCCAGCGCCAGAAGAUGAACCAAAAUUCGUGUUUGCGUCCAAAGAUCAGAUGCUUCUCUUCGUGUCUGCGUCCAAUUCUUUGAUUGAUUGUCAUCACUAACUAAGUAGUUCUUGUAAUUACUUGUUUUUACCUUGACAUGUUAAUCACUAACCCUUCUAUACUCUUAUUAUUAUUGUUAUUAUCCAAUAUUGAUUCUUGUAAUUUGACAUUGAUUGAAUUAACUUCAGAUUAUUUCGUUUA